GCGGCGCGCCGAGCCCCGCGGCUGCGCUUCCCGGGCCGGCGCCGCGGGCCCCCGGGUCCCCGCGUCCCCGCCAUGCGCCGGGGCUAGCGCGCCGCAGGCAUGCUGCGCCCGCUGCUGCUCGCCGCGCUGUGCCUGGCCGCGCGCGCCUGCCAGCUGCCCUCCGAGUGGCGGCCGCUCAGCGAGGGCUGCCGCGCCGAGCUGGCCGAGACCAUCGUGUACGCCAAGGUGCUGGCGCUGCACCCCGAGGCGCCCGGCCUCUACAACCACCUGCCGUGGCAGCCGCACGCCGGCCAGGGCGCGCUCUUCUACGCGGCCGAGGUGGAGAUGCUGUGCGACCAGGCGUGGGGCAGCAUGCUGGAGGUGCCCGCCGGCUCCAGGCUCAACCUCACCGGCCUGGGCUACUUCUCGUGCCACUCCCACACCGUGGUGCCCGACUACUCCUACUUCUUCUUCCUCAGGAUGGAUGAAAAUUAUAACCUCUUGCCUCACGGUGUCAAUUUCCAAGAUGCCAUCUUUCCAGACACUCAAGAAAACAGAAGAAUGUUUUCCAGCCUCUUCCAGUUUUCAAACUGUUCGCAAGGACAGCAGCUAGUGACUUUCCCCAGUGACUGGGAGAUCCAGGAGGACAAUCGGCUCCUGUGCUCCUCGGUGCAGAGGGCCCUGCUGGAGGAGGAGGACCACGCGAAGAAGCUGCAGCAGAAGGUGGCCGCGCUGGAGAAGCGGAACCGGCAGCUCCGCGAGCGCGUCAAGAAGGUGAAGCGGUCGCUGCGGCAGGCGCGCAAGCACGGCCGCCACCUGGAGCUGGCCAACCGCAAGCUGGGCGAGAAGCUGGCGGCGGGCGCGCGGCCGCACCUCAACGCCGCGGGGGCCCCGCCCGCGCGCGCCCCCUACCUGCGCGGGUAGCAGGCGCGGGGCCUGGGGUGUGUGUGUGGGGGGGGCUCCGUGUGUGCACCCGCCCCAAACUUUGCAGGGGACACUUUUGAUCGUGCAUUUGGUCGAGUCUGAGCGGAUGUGAUGGCGAGCCUUGCUCCCACCUUGUGC